AUGGCUGACGACCAGUCCACACAACCCUGGUCACUCGACAAGGAUGACUACGUUCUCAACGAGGUGAUCGGCAGUGGAGCCACUGCAGUGGUCCAAGCAGCCACCUGCAAGCCCAGAAAGGAGAAGGUGGCCAUAAAACGUAUCAACCUUGAAAAAUGUCAAACUAGCAUGGAUGAGCUCCUGAAGGAGAUCCAAGCAAUGAGCCAGUGCCACCACCCCAACAUUGUAUCAUACUACACCUCCUUUGUGGUGAAGGAUGAACUUUGGCUGGUCAUGAAGCUGCUCAGUGGUGGUUCAGUCUUGGACAUCAUCAAACACAUCAUCUCACGAGGUGAACACAAGUCUGGAGUGUUGGACGAGGCCUGCAUUGCCACUAUCUUGAAGGAAGUAUUGGAGGGGCUGGAAUACCUUCAUAAAAACGGACAAAUUCAUCGUGAUCUAAAGGCUGGAAAUAUUCUUCUUGGGGAUGAUGGCUCAGUUCAAAUUGCUGAUUUUGGUGUGAGUGCCUUUCUAGCAGCAGGUGGGGAUAUGACCAGAAACAAGGUUCGGAAAACGUUUGUGGGGACGCCAUGCUGGAUGGCCCCUGAGGUCAUGGAGCAGGUCCGUGGCUAUGACUUUAAAGCUGACAUCUGGAGUUUUGGCAUCACUGCCAUUGAGCUAGCCACAGGAGCAGCUCCAUAUCACAAGUAUCCACCAAUGAAGGUGCUGAUGCUGACUUUGCAGAACGACCCACCGUGUCUAGAGACAGGCAUCACAGACAAGGAGAUGGUAAAGAAAUAUGGCAAGUCCUUUAGAAAGAUGAUCACCUUGUGUUUACAGAAGGACCCAGAAAAAAGGCCAACUGCAGCUGAGUUACUUAAGCACAAAUUCUUCACAAAAGCUAAGAAUAAUGACUACCUGCAGGAGAAGCUCCUACAUAAAGGUCCAUCAAUAACGGAUCGGUCAAAAAAGGUGAGACGUGUUCCAGGGUCCAGUGGCCGCCUCCACAAGACAGAAGAUGGUGGCUGGGAGUGGAGUGACGAUGAGCUGGAUGAGGAGAGUGAGGAAGGGAAAGCUGCAGUGGCUGCUCUGCGGUCACCCAGAGUGAGGGACGGGUCUCAGACUACAGAGAUUUUCUCACCACCGGAUGGGUCAAGUCCACACCUAAAACCACCUUGCACUGUCAAUGCGAAUGUUACCCCUGUGGGACAAAGUGGCGAAGAUGUUUCACCACAGGUUCCCACUCCUGCUCAAACAGCGAGCCCCUCGCAUGGGCCCUCCACCCAGGAUCCCGUUGUUUCAGAUGCCAGCGUUCCCAUCAGCCUCGUUCUGAGGCUGAGGAAUCCAAAGAAGGAACUCAAUGACAUCAGAUUUGAGUUCAUGUCUGGUCGAGAUUCUGCUGACGGAGUCUCUCAGGAGUUGGUUUCAGCUGGUCUAGUUGAUGGGAGAGAUUUAGUCAUUGUUGCUGCUAAUCUGCAAAAGAUUGUGGAUGAUCCUCACAGUCACAAAAAUGUCACCUUUAAGCUGGCGUCUGGUGUGGAAGAGUCAGAAAUUCCUGAUGACAUAAAACUUGUCGGCUUUGCGCAGCUCAGCAUCAGCUAA